UCUCGUUCUUUUCUGCCUUGCAUCAUCCGAGCGCAGCAGUGGCCGUGAAAUUACUGCAGCACAAAAUUAAAGUUCAUCUCUAGAUUUGACGACCCCGGAGUUGACCAUGUCGUACAGAGAUCAUCGGUAUGUGCUCUCCUUACUGCACAAACUCAGCAUCGCCUCCGCCUCUUUGGCUGCCCGUGGGGGAGGUGGUGGUGCUGUUGGGGGUAGUGGUGGCCUUUUGGGACGAUGGCGAUUGUCCUCGUCGUCCGUAGUUGGUGGUGUGACUAGUCGAAAAAACCUCUGUUCCACUGCGACGACACCCCCGUUCUCAGAAUCGAGGAGGAGGGGGGUUUCAGAGCAAAGGGCCUCCAUUUCUAUGACGGAGGAAGGGGGAGAGGAGGAGGAGAGUGGUGAGGAUGAAUUAUUCAGACGGAGAGGCACUUAUACAAGUUCUGCGGGCAUUGGAAGCGGAAGUGGUGGCGGCGGACGAGGUGGUAGCGACCGUUACGGGGGAAGUGGCGGAGGUGGAGCGUAUGGAGGAGGGUCCAGCAGUUAUGGGGGUGGUGGUCGAGGUGGUGGAUUUGGUGGAGGUGGCCGAAGUAAGGAACUCAGUGCUGGACAAAAUCUUCGAAAACCAAGAUGGGAAAAUGAACGAUUGCAACAUUUUGAAAAGAAUUUCUACGUUCCAAGCCAAACUGUUUUGAAUCGACCGGUGCAGGAAGUCCAACAUUUUCUGACUACGAACCAAGUAUCCAUGAGAGGACGAGAAGUUCCGAGUCCCAUCAUUAACUUUGAUGAGGGAGGUAUUCCUGACGCCCUGAUGGCUACCAUCCGUCGAAAUGCAUUCGCAAAUCCAACCCUGAUCCAAAGUGUGGGCUGGCCCGUGGCGUUGAGUGGCCGAGAUUUGGUUGGCAUUGCACAAACUGGAUCUGGAAAAACUUUGGCGUACACUCUUCCUGCUAUAAUUCACAUUAGUCACCAGCCACGACUGGAACGGGGUGAAGGGCCGAUUGCACUGGUUCUUGCUCCCACUCGAGAACUGGCUCAGCAGAUUCAACAAGUCGCGAUUGAAUAUGGAAACCCUUGCCGACUUCGAAGUACUUGCGUUUUCGGAGGGGCACCAAAGGGUGGACAAGCCAGGGAUUUGGAGCGAGGUGUUGAAAUAUUGGUGGCCACACCUGGACGUCUUAUUGACUUUUUGGAAUCUGGAAAAACUAACUUGAAACGAUGCACUUACUUGGUGUUGGACGAAGCGGAUCGUAUGUUGGACAUGGGUUUCGAACCUCAAAUUAGAAAAAUCGUGGAGCAAGUUCGGCCGGAUCGUCAGACCUUAAUGUGGUCAGCAACUUGGCCGAAGGAGGUGCGUGCAUUGGCAGAGGAUUUCCUCAAGGAUUAUAUUCAAGUCAACGUUGGUUCUGCUACUUUAUCUGCAAACCACAAUAUUCUUCAAAUCAUUGAUGUUUGCCAGGAGCAUGAAAAAGAAAACAAACUUCGUCUUCUCAUUGAUGAAAUUGGAUUAGAGAAAGAAAACAAGACGAUGGUUUUCGUUGAAACUAAGAAAAAAGUUGACGAGAUCACUCGAACUUUGAGAAGAAAUGGCUGGCCUGCCAUGUGCAUUCAUGGGGACAAGUCUCAAGGAGAACGUGAUUGGGUUCUUCAAGAGUUCCGCUGUGGACGCGCCCCAAUUCUUGUCGCAACCGAUGUAGCAGCUCGUGGCUUGGAUGUUGAGGAUGUAAAGUUUGUGAUUAAUUACGACUAUCCCAACGGCACUGAGGAUUACGUUCAUCGCAUUGGACGAACUGGGCGCUGCUCCAAAUCUGGCACUGCUUACACUUUCUUCACUCCAAACAACUCCAAAUCUGCUCGAGAACUUGUCGAAGUCCUCAAGGAAGCCAACCAAGUGGUCAAUCCCAAGCUCUUUGAAAUGAUGGAAAACAACAGAGGUUAUGGAGGAGGAAGAAAUGGAUUCCGAAACAACAGUCGCUGGCGUCAAGUUGGAGGGCAAGGUGGUGGUGCAGGUGGCCGAUUUGGUGGAGGUGGUGGGGGUUACAGCGGUGGAGGUGGAUUUGAUUAUUAAUAUUGAUCUGAUUAGACGCAGUUUUUUAAUUUCAAUAAUAGCGCAUUAUAAAUAUUCCACUAUAUCAAAUCAGGUAAAAUUCAAUAUUUUCGAGUAUCCAUUAAAAAAUAUCGAGAAUUUUAGUUCUUUGUUUUCUAAACAAACAAGCUUUUUUUUACCGAAUGUUGAUUUUGUUAAGGUCCACUAAAAUACCGUACUUGGAAUGUAUUAGCUUUUUACGUUAACUUCCGCCAACCCGAACCACCAAGUUUUUUCUCAAAAACUAAAAAGCACAUAGUUUAGGAAAUAAUCGUAUUUAGAACAAUAUAAUUUUUGUCUUAUAUAUUAUCCGGUAUUAGAAUUAUUUUAUUGACUGUUCAAAUUUAGCGUUGUAAAACUUUACAUUAAGUUUGACUAUUUUUCAAAACGUAUUUAUCGUUUCUAUUAUGUCUUUUACAUUUACGUUGGAGAAAAUAGUUAAUAAAUACAAAAAUUUCCAUUACAAAA